CAUUACAUAGCCCUUACAGCUCAAGACAAGCUUGUAUGCUACGCCAUACGUAAUACGACGGUUAACCCUGCUCAGUUUCCGGCUUCGCCUCCGAAAGCCAUGACAGAAGCUCAGGACGUUGAUAGUGAGGAGUUUUGCUACAUAUGCUUUGAAGGGCCUACUCGCAAGCCCGAUGGCGAGCUCGAGCCGCUAGUUCAGGUUUGCAAGUGCCCAACGCGUGUUCAUCGGAAAUGCGUGGCACGCUGGCAACUCUAUUCUGCCGGAAAGCAGGAGGAGAAGUCUUGCCGCUUUUGCAAAGGAACGCUUCCGGACUGGAAGGAGGUCCUCACGCCUAGCGCCCUGCCACCCGCGAUACCUGUGCUCAGCAUCUACUACAACAACACCUGCUGCAGGAUGAAAGUACGGCCGGGCCCGGACGGUCUGCAAGUGUUCCUCAGGCAGUUGGAAGCCAUCGUGGGUCGCGACGUCGCCAACGUUAACUUCGUGUUUCGCUGCCGCUGCCCGGACACAGGUGCUGAGAUCUUCCUGCAGGGCCUGCAGGCCUUUGAGGCCGCCAUGCACUGCGCCUGCGUGCGGGCGGCACAACGCAGCCUGCAGCAGCAGCGCCAGCAGCAGCUGCUGCUCAUGCAACGCGAGCAGCAACAGCGACUGCUGCUGCUACAACAGCAACAGCAGCGACCCAUCCGCUCCGCUUUCCACAGCCCGCAAGCCCCCAUCCACGGCAGCAGCAUCAGUCACAGCAGCAUGCUAAACACCGAGCAGCUACUGCAACACCAGCAACAACAGCAACGGCUCAGUAGGCAGCAACAGCAGCAACCACUCUCACAGCAGCCGGCCGAGCUAGCUACCCAGCCUCAGCAGCAGCCCCUGCAGGCUUCUGCUGAGCUGCGCCCCCGGACUCCUCCUCCUCCUCCGCAGCAGCAGCAACAGCUGGUGUUGGGGCCGGGUGCCUCUCUCGCCUCCCUGGCAGCCCAUCACCACCAGGAGCGUCAACAGCAGCAGCAGCCCCCGCAGCAGCAACCGCUCAACAGCCACCAACCGACUUUCCAGAUGUUGCAGGGCCCGCCCAGGCGCUCCUACGAGCGAGCCGUGCCGGUGGCGGCGGCGGCGGCAGUAGCAAACCGAGCCAUCGGCAGCAGCAACGGAAUGGCGCUAGGUGCGGGGCGAGUUGGUGGGGCGGCCAACACCGCGCCUGUGACGCCGCUGGCGCCCGUUCAUGCCGCACGUGUUCAGCCCAUGUGCCCCCUGCCGUCAGCCCCCUGCGAGCCCCGCGUGUCAUCGCCUGGCUCCAGGCGGGUGCUGCCGUACCCGCCCCCGCUUCCCCCGCAGUCGCCUCAGCAGCAGCAGCAGCAGCCGGCGCAGCGGCAGGCGGGAGGCGCAGUGCUGCAGACGCAGGGGCCGCAUGCCGCAUGGACGGCCUCCGCGGCACCUGCGAGCAGAAUCAGCAACAACGGAAACGGCAUCGCAGCCCUGAGCGCUAGCAGCAGCAACUUGUCUCCUCGCGCUGCUCUUCGACAGAGCCACAGCCUUGGCCGCGGCACCCAACAACUCCUGACUCAGCAACAGCAACAACAACAGCAGCAGCAGCUGUACGGCAGCUCUUCCUCCUCCUCACGUCGCAGCGUAGUGGUUCCGCUUCCCCCCUCGUCGGCGCCCCAAGCCGGCAACGGCGGCGGCGGCGGCCUUGUAGCCUCACCUUCAGGUACUGCCGCCGCUGCCGCGGCCGCCGCCGCUGCUGCACAGUUCAAUCGCUUGGCGGCGACGCCGGUUGCCGUACCCGUCUCGGCUCUUGCCGGGAACCUCGACGCCGUCGCUGCUAGCGAGCUCAGCAGCUCGUACGACGGCUCUUCUGACGCGGCGGCGGCGGCGGCUCCGGGGCCGCAUGGGGGCCUUAUGCUGACGUCAUGCGCUGAGCUGGGGACGUCGUCAUCGGCCGGCAGCUCUGCAGACGAGGCCGUUACGCCUCCGCCGCCGCCGCCGCCGCAGCAGCCAAUUGUGGUAUUGGAACGGCGGGCUGCCGCUGUGUCGGCGUUUGUUGCGGCGCGACCGUCACGGCGGUCGGGCACGGAGGCCGGAGCCGCCGUGCCGUCAUCAACAGCAGGCGAUAGGAAGGCUGGCUCCGGUGCCGUGAGGGACCUCCACGGUGACUACGAUAACGACAGCGUUAUUGUCGGCAGUGGCGGAUGCAGCGGCGGCAGCAGCCGCGCCAAGGGCAGCGGCAAAAUUGCCACAGUGCUGACGUCAUCGUUUAAGAGCCUGAGGGGGCUGUUCGAGAAGUAUGUGGGCAGGAAGGGCUCCUCUCGAGUGGCUUGAAGGAGGUGGGCAUCUCGCCGCAAUGAAGGGUGUGCUGUGAAGGCCAUGUAUGACAUGGAUGGCUGCAAGGGGGCAGCGGGAGAAUGGUUGCACCGAGCUGCAGAUUGGAAGAGUAAUUGGAAUGAAGACGAUGUGGCUGCGUGGGCAGGUUGUACGGCAAGAUGAAGAGAUGAUGUAACACAUACUUGACAACGACGAAAUGGUUGAAACAAUUCUUCGUUUUGUGACGGUUUAUCGGUUGAUUGCGUGACAUGAAGCUUUGACGUUGCAUGUACAACACGAUUGGUGCACGCAAAACACAAAUGCUUUCGUUCGUUCAUCCGCUGAAGUGCUUCGUUCUGUUGGCAGUGGUGGCUGUGGCUGUGGCAUUCAAAAGUACGAUACAUGUUGGGACGUUUGCUUGAGACGUUGAUGCACGCAGGUGUGUGUAUGCUGCGUUUGGCCCCUGAGGCCCCUGCAGCAGACGGACGAGGCAAAAAUACGACAAAAACACUCAUUUCGUACGGUUGCGGUACGGCAAGGGGCUGCUGAGCCCGACAGGAGGUAUAUCGCUAUUUUGAGGAGGAGGCUUACGUCGCCCUUGUGUCAGGCGGCAGCGGCUCCGUUCUCUUGGAACUUGUGUUUGAUGACAUUUGAAUUACAAUACAAAACACAGCAACGACAGCCUGUUGCAACACCAACGAGAGUUUGUUGCGAAAAGGCUUGGUGUGUUUGGAAGCACAGCGGCCGCUCAGCAUUGCGAGGGGCAGCACAUCCCAGAGCACGUUACUUCGACGACGAAUUCUGCAAUGCGGCUUACGUGGUGGUGUUGCUGAUUACUACCAUUUCCGGCAAUUGUUGUAUCGUACACUGUAUUCGGCGGCCUCGUUUGUUACGGCUGACGGUCUUCAAUGUUGCGUUGGAUUGGGUUGGUUGGACAUUUGCGGCAUGUGACUGCUUUGCACCAAACAAGGCGCCCUACAUCCGUGUUGGCUUUCGAGGUUUGUACGGUAAAAGGGCUGCUUCGCGUGGGGAAAACGGUUGGUUGGCACGCAGGGAAGGGGAUGGCUUGGUUGUUUGAGGCUCGCAACGGCUGUGUACCGUAGCGGGAUGAGCGUUCGGCUGUAUGCGGGGGCGCAUGCUUGCGGUGUAUGAGGGCGUGCAUGAGGGUGUACUUGUAUGGGGAGAAGUUGCAUUUGCGAUUGCAGCAAACAGCGGCUUUCCUCUCCUCCCAUUCCCCUUCAUUUGCCGGUGUGGUUGCUUUUCAUGUUUUCAGCGCCGUGCCUCGGCUAUACGGCACCAUUCUGCUUUCUACGCUGUCGUGUUUAGCAGGAGCUGUGUUUGCAGGAUGGAGGAACUUGGAUGUAUUUUCAGUUGGUCGAUAGCAGAGCGGUUCAGGCUGGAGCCCGGUGCCCGCCUAAAACUGCGAACAUAGGGUUGGUGUAAUGCCUGAACUCUGCUAUGGACCGAGUUUGCAAGCCCGCACAUGGGCUGUCUGUGCAAUGUUGUUUAUUGUUAAGAUGUUUUGGGGGGACAUGUUGCGCGCGACGCAUGCGCCCGGGGGUGCCGGAAAACGUUGGGUUUGCUUUCGAGCUUGCGAGGUGGCAGGGGUUACGAUGGCUGCUUACGCGCGCAAUCAUGGGCGACAAUAAAGGCUAACGAUCUGGUACGGGCAGUUCGGUAUUUCUGCUUGUUCGUGGUUUGUUUAGGGAUGUUGGUCCUGCGUUGCGUUAUGACUGAUACACGCGCUGUUACUGUUGGCGCUGCGGAAUAGUGUUAUAAUCACACCCUUGAUGUAUCGUUUACUUCCGGUGUUGUACAGCGGGCACGGUCCAUUGACGACAGUUGGUUUACGGUUAUUUACCGGUACGGUUAUUUGUUGCCCUCAAAAGCAGAGGGCUGGUAAUGGAUAUCAUCACAAGCAAGACGUUGGACGUCGUUAUCAUCGCCCAUUGAAUUGUUGUUUAGCCUUGUUUGCUAGUAUGUUGGAAGAGAUAAGAAAUGUCGUUGGACAAGGCGUGGGGCGCUGCACGGUAAGGGUGGUGUGCGAAUGUACGGCACAUGAUUUUUGGUUGCGUGGUGGUUUCCUUGAUGCCGUAGUAACUGCUACAGUUGCUACGAGGGCAACGGCAGCCCCUGGAAGGGACAACGGCUAUGGCCAAUGGUUUUUUUAGUUUGGGUUCGGUUGUUGGGACUACACAGCGUAUCAUAGAACUGUUUCGAGGUUGUGGUUAUUACAAUUACAAAUACAUGUCCGUCAUCCAUGCAGCAUGGUAUUUGCCUUAUUCCGGGCCUUUGUUUGAGUUUCUGGACAAUAAGAGUUUGGACACCGUUUCCGGAGGAGGUAGCUAUUGCACCGAUUAUGAAAUUGUUUUGGCAAAGGGGCCUCUGGGACUUGCUUGGCGGCUUACUGACGAAAGAGGAACUCCUCCCGAGACCCGUGGGUCACUGUUCGCUCGCUGAGUUGUUGCGCUCUCUUGACACCUGUUGCAUGUGCCUUGUUAGUCGCACAUCUUGGAGCAGGGUGGAGCGCAGGACGCCGCAUAAGUUGGGUCGGCGGUGGUAUAAUCCACCGGGGGUGAGGGGUCGAAUAGGGGGUAUUGCAGGAGGUUAUGAGGCAAACGAGUCCGUCGUUUCCUGUGUGAGCAUGGGACCAUGGGUGUAGUCGGUCGUGGAAGUUAGCUGCUGAGAAGGAGGACUGUUGCAGUUGUGUUAUGUAGCGGAGGGGUAGCGACUGGUAGAGCUUUCGGGUUGUGUCGGUGUGUAGGUUGGGUGGGCGGGCACUGUCGGGCAGCAUCAAACACAGGGGGCCUAUAGCAUUGCAGGCGAGCAUGUACGGCCUGAUAGUAGCAUACGAUACCUACCUACCUCACAAUUCGCAUAUGUCAUGUAACGUGUACACCACCUG